AGUCAAAAUCGUGCCGCUCAACGUGCAUUCAGAGAAAGAAAAGAACGUCAUUUAAAAGAUUUAGAAAAUACAAUUAAAUCAUUAAGAGAAAGUCAAUACGAAUCUGCCGUCAAAGCUUUUCGCGAAAGUCAACAAUUACGUUCGUUGAUCGAGCGUCUUCAGCAUGAAAAUCUUUAUUGGAAACAAGUUUCUGUUAACUUUGAAAUGGUCCUUAAUCAUAUUUGUGGAGGAAACGAUACAACUUCUAAAAUCAAGAGUACUAUAUUAUCUCGUGUUCAAUCUCUUUCACCAUCUUUAAAUUUUACCGGUCCUUUAAUGGAUAAUCAAGUACCUUCGGUCCCUGUUGAGAUGGGUAGAUCUUUACAAUCAUUUAAUUUAAUGAAUAAUAACAUCUCCGGUAAUCCUGAUUCACUCUCGGAAUCCAUAUUUAAUGAAAAUUAUGAAUUAUUCUCACCUAACGUUGAUGAAUCAAGAGAGAUUUAUUCGAAUUUCAAUCUUAAUAACGUCGUCCUUACAAAUUCAGAGAUAUCAAGUGAUUUAUUUAAAGAACUUGAUCAAGCAGUUCGAUUAGGGAAAUUAGUUGGAGUAACAGAUAUUUAUAAUACACCGGUUGUUCCAAAAUUUAAAUAUCCUCUUACCAAUGCACAAAUUCAUUAUUUAACAUUACCACAUGAUAGACGAAUUGAUUUAAUUCCAUGUCUUCAUUUAAGAUCUAGAAUGAUUCAAUAUCAAAAUAAUUAUGAUCUUUAUGAUUUAAUUGAAUUAUUAAUUACAAAAGCGAAAUGUCAUGGAGAUCCUUUAGAUCCUGAUUCAUGGGAAUUACCAGAAGAAUUUUUUACAAAUUAUGAAUAUUUGGUAUUUUCUCAUUGUAGACUUAAAAGUUCGUUAUAUCAAACUUAUGGUCGAUUACCAAAUGAUUUUGCAAAUUCAUAUCAAACUAUGCUUUCACGUAAAGUUAAUACUACUACUUGA